AUGGCAAAGCAUAAUUUCCAUGCGAUUGCCCUAUUGUUCAUGGUAGCAAUGUCAUCUAUUGUUGUGAGAGGAAACAACAUUCUUGUCGGUGCAUAUUAUGGAUCUGAGGGUAACAACCUCCCACCACCAUGGAAGGUGGUGCAACUCUGUGAAAAAUACAACAUUCGUCGCAUUCGAUUCAAUGAACCAAAUCUCGAUAUUCUCGAACAGUUUCGUGGCACAAAUAUCGAAGUCUCUUUUAGCGUACCGGGCGAGUUGAUAUCAAACCAGGCGACCAAUCACACGGCGGUGGAGGAGUGGUUUGUCAAGUACGUCGUACCAUUCAUCGGCGAGUUCACCAUCAACUACAUCGUUGUUGGUGACAAGGUCAUACCGGGACUGGACGACAACAUAUUGCCUGUCAUGAGAUCCCUUCAAGAUCUCCUCAACAGUCGUUACCUCGGACAAGUGAAAAUCACCACGAUGGUUGGCUUAACCGCUUUGGGGGUUCAAAGCCCUCCAUCUAGUGGCGCUUUUGACCCAAACGUUCUUGAGAACAUGAAAGGAAUCCUUAAGUUCUUAUGGGGACAAGGCUCGCCUUUGAUGCUUAGCUUAUAUCCCUAUGAUGCAUAUGCUUACACGGGAUACACAAAUAAUAUAAGUUUGGGUUAUGCAACAUUCACUUCCCAAACAGAACAAAACCCCCGAUACGAACUGACGGGGACUUAA